AUGGAUAAGAAUUAUUUGACAACAGUGGUUAAUGAUAGUAAUAAUAAUAAUAAUUUAAAUAAUGCAUCAUCAGCAACAAUAAUAACAAUAGGAACUGAUAAUUUAUAUGUACUUGAAAAAGAUCGUAUAUUAAAUGAAGAUGGUUCAAUAAAUGUUUUAACGGAUUUACCAGCAUCACGUAAUCUUGAAGAAACUGAUGAAAAUGAAUUACCAUUUCCAGGUUUUGUUGAUAAAGUUUUUUAUUGUCUUAAACAAACAAAAACACCACGUUAUCAAUGUUUAAAAUUAAUAACGUGGCCAUGGUUUGAACGUAUAAGUAUGCUUGUUAUAUUACUUAAUUGUAUAACACUUGGAAUGUAUCAACCAUGUGAACAUCAUUCCGGUUUACAAUCUUCAAAAAAAUGUGAUACACCACGUUGUAUAUGGUUACAAGCAACUGAUUAUUUUAUUUUUGCUUUUUUUACUAUUGAAAUGUGUAUUAAAAUGACAGCUAUGGGAAUAUUUGGUAAAGGUACAUAUUUAGCUGAUACAUGGAAUAGAUUGGAUUGUUUUAUUGUUGUUUCUGGGUAAGAUUUAUCUUCUUUUUUUUUCUAAUUAUUAAUACAAUUAGUUAAUUUAGUUGGAAGGAAAAAAAAGAAAUUGAAAUAUUUUGUCAGAUUUAUCUUUUUUUUUUUGUUUCAUAUCGAAUCGAUGAUAUAAAACUCGUGACAUCUUUUGACAUAAUGAUUAUCAAUAAUAUUUAUUUUUGAUAUUCAUAUGUUUCUUAUGAAAUUUCAAAUAUGUUUUGUUUCUUCAUUAUAUUAAAUAAUCAAUAGUUAUAAUUUAUUAUAACAAUUAAAAUAAAUUAAUAUAUAUUAUUGAUAUCAGAAAUACUAAAAAUGGAUUCAAAAUUUUCCUAGAAUUUCUUUAUAUAUUUAUUUAGAAAAAUGACAUUUAAUCUAUGUUUUCUAUAUCAUAUAAUCGAGGUAAUUAAUUUGAUAAAUUUACUCUUUUGAUAUUCUUUCAAAAUAAACAAUAAAUUUAAAAAAAAAAGAAUUUCUAUGAAAUAAAUAGAUUUGAUGUGACACUAUUAGUAUUGAUGUAUGAUCAUAAUAUUGAAUAAGAAUCAUUAUGAAAGCUUUGUUUAACAAAAGAAAAACUAGUUCUUCAAACGACAUUUAUUGUUAAGGGUAUCAAAAAGAAAAAUAUAUGUCAAUUAUUUCAUGACAUUCGAAUCAUUAUUUGACAUCUAGUGGUACUUACAUGAGCUAAUAAUUCUAUCUAUAAUAGUAAUUAAUACUUAAAUUGACAAAUAUAAAAUUUAUCGAAUAAAAAAAACACAUAUCAUCAUAGUUCCUUAUAAUGUUUUCUUUUUGAGUAGUAUAUAACAUAAUAUUAUUAUUUACUUAAAAGUUAGAAGAAUGAAUGUAAAAUUUGUCAAGCGUAAUCAUUUUAGACUAGAUUUCCAGGCUCUUAUCUAUUCAAAUUAGGGGUGACCCUUUAUCUUUACUAUCCUUUAUAAUAAAGGAUAAAGAUAAAUGAAUCCUUUAUUUUUAAAAAAGUAAAUGUAAAUGAAUCAUUUAUCAUUGGAAAAUAAAGGAAUAAAGGAUUAUUUUUUUCGACCGAAAAUGGUACUAAAAGUGUUCCAGGAUUACAGAAGUCACUGUCAAGAGAAUUUUUUUCAUUGGACCGAUGUGUUUUGACUGAAGCAAGGCUCUUGAGAAGCAAAAUUAUAUAGUAGUUUUUCACUAGUAUUCAGUGAAUUAAGACUAGAAAAAAGAAGACUGAAUUAAAACUAAUAUCAUAUUCUGAAUCAGCAUUAACAACGGAACAAACAUAUGUAUGUUUCGAAUAUUAUUUCGAUAUUUUAAAUUUUAUCGAAAAAUUCGC